UCUUCGAAAGACUUCUCUUUUCUCUUCGAUAGAAACUUCACCACUUUCUGUACAUAACACUCUCUUCUUCUUCGUCUUCUUCUUGGUUUUGCAGAAAUGGACGACGUUAAAGACAAGGUCAAAGGCUUCAUGAAGAAAGUCAACAACUCUAUUUCUUCUUCUUCCUCUUCCGGUAAAUUUAAGGGCCAAGGUAGGGUUCUUGGAUCCUCCUCUUCUUCCGCUCCUUCUAAUCCCGUUCUUCCUCGCCCUUCUUACACUCCUCAAUCGGGUUCUAUUUCGAAUUCCAAUUCCAAUUCGAAGCCUUUGCUUCCCAAAACGCAGACUUCCAAUCCAAAACCAGUCUCUUCGCUUCAGGAAACACAGAAUUCCAAUCCAAAACCAGAGCCUUCGCCUUCCCCUUCGAGUAGUUCGAAUCCGGAUCCUAAACCGGUAAAUGGGUUCGACCCUUUUGAGUCUUUGGUCACUUCUGGGAAGAGGUGUCGAAAUGGGUUUGCUCCUCAGGUUUUCAAAUGCCCGAUUUGUGAUCAAGUGUAUGGGUCGGAGGACGAGGUGUCCGCACAUGUUGAUAGCUGUGUUAAUGAUGGUGAAAGUGGUACUGUUCCGGGAUCGGUCGAUAACGGGGUUGAUUCGUCGAGAAAUGAGCUGGAGGCUCGGGUUGGCGGGUUUCUUUCGGGGAAGCCGGCAGCUGGGUCGAUUGAGAUUGUUCUUAAGUUGUUGAAGAACAUAGUUAAAGAACCGGAGAAUGCAAAGUUCAGGAAGAUUCGAAUGGGCAAUCCGAAGAUAAGGGAGGCGAUCGGGGAAGUCGUGGGAGGGAUCGAAUUGUUGGAGGCUGUGGGAUUUGCGUUGCGAGAAGAGGAUGGGGAGAUGUGGGCAGCAAUGGAGGUUCCUUCGGAGGAUGGAAUUGGUUUGAUAAAGUAUGCGGUGCAGUUACUCGAACCAAUAAAAGAACAAGAACCGCAGAAGAUGACCAGUUCUUCAUCUGUUGCUUCUGCUAACUUAGAGGAAAAGGUUGAGCAAAAAAAGAUUGACAGACAGACCAAGGUGUUCUUUUCUGUCUCUGAGAACAUAGCAGCUAAAAUAGAGCUACCGGAUUCUUUCUAUAAAAUGUCACUUGAAGAGCUGAGAAGAGAAGCUGAAAUAAGAAAGAAAAAGCUUGCAGAUUCUCAGCUUUUGAUCCCUAGGUCGCUUAAGGAAAAGCAAGCAAAAGCUGCUAGAAAGAGGUAUACAAAAACUGUCAUCCGUGUCCAAUUUCCCGAUGGUGUGGUGCUCCAAGCUAUUUUCUCUCCAUUUGAGCCAACAAGUUCCCUCUAUGAGUUUGUCAGCUCAGCACUGAAAGAACCCAGCUUGGAAUUCCAGCUGUUGAAUCCGGUAAAUAUCAAACGGCGAGUGAUCCCUUGCUUUCCUGCAGAAGGUGGGAAACAAACAACACUUGAGGAAGAGGAUUUGGUCCCUUCAGCUCUUAUCAAGUUUAGACCAAGCGAAACAGAUUCCAUUGUUUUCACAGGACUGCGCAAUGAACUCUUAGAAAUUAGUGAGCCGCUUUUACCGGAUUCAGCUGUUUCUUCAACAUGAGCUUGAACUUGGGUAUAACAACUUUACUCAAUCUCAGGACUAAGAAACUUCAGAAGCUUCAUGUUCCUCCCAAUGGUGUUGUAACUUAAGUUAAAAUCAUUUAUUGAGUUCUUCAUAUCUUACACUUGAUUCACUGUGCAAUUAUAUUAGCUUUUGCCCUUGGCCUGAGCCUAAAGGCUAAAUUUCUUCAACUUGUAAAGAAAACUGGAUUGGAAUUGAUUUUUUUUCUUCUUCAUUUUACAAUUUUGUUAGAUGUUGUUAAUGAACUUAGACACUGAUGCUGGUUAAUCAAUGUAUGGGCAUGUUUGUUUGGCUUA